AUGGCAUCAAAUGCUGGUUGGAAGUCGGAUGUGGGUUUUUCAGAUCGCUUGACCACAGUGCGGUUGAUAAUUGCGGCGUAUCAGCGCGCAGUGCCAUCAGCCGGUUUUUCAGAAGCUCAUGCGGAGGCAACGAAGGUGGAAAAUGAUGCUUUCAGUCAUGCGUCAAGCAAAGAAGAUUAUCAAUUUGAAUGUCAGAGGGCCAUUGAUGAGUGGGACGCAAUGGAACAACUAGCUCCACCUGAUGUCAUUGAAAAUGAAAGUGCAGCUGCAUCUGAAGGGUCAAAACUCGACUCCGACAACGUUUCCGGCGGCAGGAAGAUUGGCGCGUACGAAAAUGCCAUAUACCAUCAAGAAGGCAUAUUCUCCACCGUAUACAAAGCAAAGAGCAUCACCGGAACUACAGUGGCUCUAAAAGUGACAACACCACAUACCAUGUCACCGCCCCAUGACUCCAGACGCGAAGCCCGCAUCCUCAGCUCCCUCUCAAACCCCGCGAUCAUCCCAUUGCUAGACAGCUUCAACCAUCCAGGCGGCCAAUUCGUCCUCGUCUUCCCUUUCAUGCCCCUCCACUUCGACGAGCUCAUGCGCCGCAACGCCCUGACCUCACGGCAAACCCGCUCGCACCUACGAGACCUCUUCCGGGCCCUAUCCUACAUCCAUUCGCAGGGUAUCAUCCAUCGAGAUGUCAAGCCAUCUAACAUCCUCCUCCGCGAACUAAAGGGUCCAGCAUAUCUGGCAGAUUUUGGAAUUGCAUGGUCACCUUCUGAUAAGGCCUCUGAAGACGCUAAUAAGAAAAUCACCGAGGUGGGCACGACGUGUUACCGGCCUCCUGAGGUCUUGUUUGGAGAUAAGGCGUAUGGGACCAGCUUGGACCUUUGGGCCGCGGGCUGUGUUGUUGCAGAGGCGGUGGAUAUGAAUCACAGGCAACUUUUUGAUGCGGGGGAGCUGGGGAGUGAAUUGGCGUUGGUACAUUCUAUAUUUGUGACACUGGGGACUCCGAAUGCUAAAUCAUGGCCUUUAACCAAGGAUCUCCCCGACUGGGGAAAGAUACAGUUUAAAGAGUAUCCAGCGAAACCCUGGGCAGAAAUCCUCAGCGGGGCUCCUCUCAACGGGCGCGAUCUGGUCAGUAAACUGGUACGGUAUGAGAGUAGCGAGAGGCUAUCAGCUGCUGAGGCUCUAACGCAUCCGUACUUUACAUUCUGA